UUUUCAUGCCUUUCAACAGUUGUGCAACUUGUUCUGUGCAUUAAGUAUGGCCAAAGCUCUGUUUGCUGGUGGUGUGGACGUAGAACAUAUAUUUGGCAAUAAGUUCAAUAAAGCAAGUCGUGAUAGGAGUUCUUCACCUGUGCCAAUGGUCAAUGGUGAAUCUCCAAAGUUGUCGCGAAAAGCGAUUUCAAAUCUUGGAGACACAGAGAAAACUGGAGUUCCAUUAAAUUCAGCAUGGACUCUCUGGUUGGACAGAUCUGUUCCGAAUCUAACUGCGUCUGAGUAUGAAGCAAAUUUGAGAAAAAUUUACACAGUUUCAACCAUUGAGGUACGUCUUUAUCUUUACUACCUAUUAUUUAACCCAAUUAUCCAAUCUUUUAACAAAAAUUUACAGAGUUUCUGGGGUGUGUAUAACCAUAUACCUCCACCAAGCCGACUGAUACCGAGGUAUAGUUAUCACUUGAUGAGAAACAACAUUCGACCAGUUUGGGAAGAUGAGGUGAAUGCUAAUGGUGGAAUGUGGAAGCUUAGAUGCCACAAAUCUGUUACUGACAAUGUGUGGAAUGAACUGCUACUGAGUUGUAUUGGUGAACAGUUUACUGGUUAUGUUAAUAAAGGUGAUGACAUUAUUGGUCUAAGUGUAAGCAUUCGAAAGAAUGACGACCUCGUCCAAGUAUGGAAUAUCAACUCAUCCAAUAUAGAACAAUGCAAAGUACUGGAGAAAAUCAAAGAAGUUUUGCCACACGUCAUUUUCGAAACCAGUUUUUACAAACCCCAUCAGUUACACAGAGCCUUUGAAGGAAGAAAAAUGUAAAAAGUUUAUGUGCCUCCAACUUUUGUUCACUGUUUGUUAUUCUAAAAUCUAAGAAAAUAAUUUUACUUCCAGCGUGCAAUUAUUCCUAGCAUUAUCAACCCUGCUGUUGGUUGAGGAAAUUAUCAGAAUAUUUAGUAUUUUACCAACUGCCAAAAACACCACUUCCAUUUUCACAUGCAGCAAAUGUGUGAUUUUCACAUGUAUUAAAUUUGUGGCAAAUAACAGACGCUAUUCUAUCAUUUAUUUGUUUUUAUCAGAAAUGGUUCCAUAAUACAAAACCUUGUUUUGUUAUUUUUAUGUAAAUUAUCUGUUUGUAGUUCGUACUGAUUCUGUAAAUAUGAUUUCUUUUGACAUAUUGUUGAUGUUCAAUUAAUUAGUCUUUGUGAUCGUCCUGCGCUUACAUAGUUUUCAAGCACUUCACAAGUAACCGUUUAACACUUCGCCAAUACAUAGUCAUGUGGUUUAACAAUUCAGGUU